UGUUUACACCUAAUUCACAAUCUUAUCAAUUCUCACGUUAUCAGUGCCGCCGAGAGGAAACGUCUGGCCCACGUCUACAGUGUGUUGGGAUUUGUUAGAGGAAGGGGCAAAAGCCUCACAAGAAAUGGACUGCGAAAUCCGCUGGCUGCUCUGAAAUAUUGUGCUCAUUUGGCUUGCAGAGAGCUGAUAUUUGUCCUCUGAACUGGAGCUGAACUUAGUUUGAACUUGGCUCACAGUGAUUUUUUUAAGCCUCAGACUACAUUGUGCACCAUCUCUCUGACCUACCACCAGCCCUCAUGUACAGCAGUGGCUACUCCCAGGUGUCCAAGUACAGCCCAGAGGCCCGAAAGAAGAUGCAGUACCGCUCCAAGGGCAAAGGCUGUGGCUACUACAUGCGCAUCGUCUUCUUCUUCUCUUCGCUCAUUCAGUCUCUUAUCAUAGUCAGCCUGGUGCUCUUUCUGGUCUACGGUAAGACGCAGGACUCGGCGUCCACGUCUCGAAUCCAGGACCUAGAGGAGAGCUUCAGCCGGCUCUCCAUAGAGAACGUAGCUCUCAGGCAGCAGAGGACCAACCUGACCAACUUACUCAACGCCACCCUGACGGAGAAGGCUCGCAAUGACUUCGACCUGGCCAAACUGCGAUUUGUCUGCAACAUGUCGAUUCUGUUCAUCCAAGAAAAUGAGAGGAAGCUGCAACAGUGCAAUGCCGAUUUGCUGUCUUGCAGGAUCAGAGGUCCUUCAGUUUUCCGUCAACCAAUGCCGCAACUUCCAGGCGGUUGUAACUGUGGGCUGCUGGCUGAGCAGCUGGAAGCCAAAAGGGUGCUUGUGGAGUCCAACUUCACCCAAACAGUGCAGAGAAUGAGGAUGGAAAUGGACCAGAUUUCUAAAGAGAGAGACAACCUGAACCUGGAGACCAUCCGUCUGAGGAGGGACAAAUCCACACAAGAGAAGGAGCUGCAGUUCCACAGGCAGACAUCCAAAGAGGAGUUCUCCCUGUCCUUGAACUCGGUUCUGAAUGUCUCCAGAGCUUUUUUGGUGAAGAUCAACUCUCUCUUCCCCGCACACCUCCACUUCCAGAUCUCCUGCCCGAAGCAGCAGGAACACCUUGAGCAGAUCCGCUCCAACUGUACCAGUCUGUCCAGGGAGGUGGAGGACAAGCUGCAGCGUUACCUGAAUGUCGUGGGAGACCAGGUGUCGAACAUCCAGGCUGAGAGCAUUCGCUUGAAGGCAGAAAACUGGCGACUGUCUGAGGACUACCGCUGGUGCAGCCAGAACCGCACGGGCCUGAUCGAGCAGAACAGGCAGAACUUGGACAAGCUUCAGCGGAAACAUGAUCAGGACAAGGAGAGACUCCUGAUGGAGAAGUUGAGGAUGACCGGAGAAAUAGACGUGCUGCGAAACAAUGUCAGAUAUAAGAGUAAAGAGGUUGAUCACCUUACAGAGCAAGUCAAGCAGCUCAACAUCUCCUGCAUGGCUAAGGUAGGGUUUGGUGGAUAUUCAGGAAGUAUGGGCUCUCGGCAGAACACGCCGAUUCAGCCUGGGUGGGGCUCAUAUGGCGCUGGUGGAUCCAGCUCUUCUUCAUCCAGCUCUUCGUCAUCCAGCUCUUCCAGUUUGGGUCAGAUUGGUAGGACAGGGUCAAAUGGGUUCGGUUCAAAUUUGGGCUCAUCUGGGUCAUCAUUCAAUAAGCCUGUGUCCAGCGGAUCAUCCUCUUCAGGUUCAUCCUACUCUUCUGCUGGGUCCAGUCCAAGCCUGAGCUCCUCUGGAUCUGGAUAUAAUAAGCCUGGAUCGACUGGAGGAGGGCUCUCAAGCUUUGGAUCAGUGGCAUCCAGUCCAAAUCUUAGCUCAGGUGGGUUUGGUUCAGAUAAACCAGCACAGAAUACAAGAGGCUCAUCGGCAUAUGGGUCAUCCUCUGGGUCAUCCUCUGGGUCAACAGGGUCAAGUUCAAGCUUUGGCUCCACAGGGUUGGGCUCAAAUAAGCCAACAUCGAAUGAAAAAACCUCCUCAAGCUCUGGGUUUGGGUCAUCAUCUCGGUCAAGUGGGUCAACUGGGUCAACUGGGUCAACUGGAUCAAGUGGGUCAUCUUGGUCAAGUGGGUCAUCUGGGUCAACUAGGUCAACCGGGUCAACUGGAUCAACUGGGUCAACUGGGUCAACUGGAUCAUCGAGCAAAAAUGGGUCAAGCAGCUCUGGAUUUAGUUGGUUUGGGGUGGGGAGCUCUAACUCAGGACAAAGUAAGCCAGGAAGUGUACCAGGGAGAGGAACAUCCAGUGGUGGAAGUGGAUCUUCAAUUGGAGCAGGAAGGACGACUGGUCUGGCAGGUGGCCCAGUCAGCGUAUCUCAGCACCUUCAAGAGCUGCAACGCCUGAUCAACCCUGCUGGCCCACAGGAGAAGCAAGAUCUCUCCAGAAUGUUGGGUUAAUCCAACCCUGUUUUAUGUUCCAUUGCAUCUAUCACACAUCUCAUACUGAUUUCACACAUUGUCCAUUAAUAAAUGUACUAUAUAAUAUGCACUGGUUAUGACAGUUAAUGUUUUAAUGUUUAUGUUUUGAAGUGAUUUGAAUAACUUUGGCACUUUGAAUGUAAAAUGUGAAUUUUGUGUCUCAUGUAUGCACGAAUAAUGACCCGUGUUUGUUUUUUUACAUUGUAAAUACAUAAAAUAAAAGCUUUGUUUAAAGUUAA